AUGGUCAGGGAGGCUUUUAUGGGUCUGUGCAAUUGGGAGUGCAAUUGGCUUCUAUAUGGUUGCUGUGGAAAGACAAAUGCAGAAUAGAGAAAAGAUGAUGGCUGAAGCACUGGCGGAUGCAGGAUCAAGUAUAGAUGCCAGCGACAGAAGUUGAAUAUGGACUUGUGAUAAUGCUAGUACCUUGUCAUUAGGUUUCUUACUUCCUUUUUGUUCAUGGGGCUUUUCUUAUCUUUUGCCAGUCUGGAUCAUGCUUUAGAAACUAUUUCUGUUGUAAUAAAUACUCACGAUCCUCAAAAAGAAAAACCCAUUGGUGGACAAGAAUUCUAGUUGGGAAAUGUGGGACUCUGGUACUUUAAGCAUUUGCGCAGCAUAAGUUUGGAACUAGGAAUGCAAAAGAAAAGAAACUGCUCGUCCUAAAUUAAAUUGGUGGCUGCUACCAUCAGAGCAGCAAAGAGGGGAACAUCGGUAAUACAAUGAAUUCUGGUUUGCGCAGCAUAAAGGAGAAACCGUACUUAUAUUGAACUUUGUUUUGCAGUUAGGUGUCUGUUUUCAGGUAUAUUACUGGAAGAUACCAACGUAUCAGGGUGGAAAAGAAUAUUCUAUUUCUUUAAUAAGUUCCUUGACAUUUUCUACUA